UUGCUAAAAUUCGUAGCCAGCCACGGAAGGAUUGUUAUAUUUUGCGAAACAGACGGGUAAAAAUCCAGACGCAAGUACGAUGGUGAAGACGGUGCUGAUGCGUCCGCAUGCGGUGGCUUUGUGUGCCUUCCAAUUCCAAGCUCAAGCUCAUUUCUUCAGCAGCCGCGCUCUCCUCCCAUGUCUUCCAGCCACGAAACGCCUCUUCUGCAACCUCACCCCCCUCCGACGUCGCGUAUCAAUGUUGCCGGAGAAAAUUUCUGGGACGAAGCGCUCUGGAUGCGAUGGCUACGGAUCCAAAUUAGAAAUUCGUCGGAGUCUCAGCAUCAUCCGAGCAACAACCACCCAAGUCAACGAUUCCGGCUCUAUCGACUCCCCCUUGAUACAGUCCAUGGAGAAUAAGAUUAAAGAACAUCUAAAUGCGGAUUCAGUCAUUGUGAAGGAUGCUUAUGGUGAUGGUCGGCAUGUUAGCUGUGUGUUUGCAGCAUUGAUGUUAUUUCCUCGGCAUUUGAAGGACAAUCUGCUGUGAGUAGGCAGAGGAUGGUAUACAAAGCCAUUUGGGAGGAACUCCAGAGUAUCGUGCAUGCAGUUGACCAGAUGACUACCAGGACCCCUACUGAAGCAGCAGCCAAAAAGUGAUAAAUCAUGAUUGAAGAGAGAAUAAAGACUAAAGCUUAUUUUAAUAAAUUCACUUGCGGUAUUGUCUAAUGAAUUAAGAUUUAUACAGCUUAGCCACCUUUUCUGUGUACUUGUUCAUCUGUAGACUUCAGUUCCAAUUUAACUGGAAAGGGAGCCUAGUAUAUUGUUAAAAGGUUUGUUGAGUAUGUUGUAUAUUGUUGUCUGCUGCUGCAGCCUUCAACCUCAUUGAUCUGCACCCCCAUAGCUGCCUUCAGCCACAUCCAUCUCCGCUGCCGCUGUUGCUAUUCUCAAGACUCAAAACAGUUGUCACUGUUUUGGAGCAAUCAUAUAAAUCUGAACAGUGUCAUUGUUGCUCGUAACCACCAUUGAGAUAUGAAUCUUUGUUAAUUCGCAACCACCAUUCACAUCUCAAUCACCUCACGAUCGUCAA